GAAUGCCGCGGUGCUCUCUCUCCCACCCUUUCUCUCCCCGGCGGAGGAGUCGCGGAGCGGUCGCCACAUGUCUCGGCGUGGGGGGAGGGCUGCCCCUACUCCUGUCCCGGCCUUGUCUGCGCAGCUUUGUCCGGCGCGGAAGAGCGGCUGGCCCGGGGUAAGCUGGGGACUUGGUCUCGGCCGAGUCUCAUUCCGGCCCCGCAGGAAUGCGAGAUCGCGGCUCCUCGCUCCUUUUGUCUGCCGGAGGAGCUGCGUGCUCCCGUGCCCUGGGGAAGCCUGGCCGGGGACCGAGGGAAGAGCCGGUGGCUGCUGCAAGUAUCGGUGCUUUCGUGUGGGAAGGCUGCUGCUCGCUUGUUCCCUGAUUGCAGUUUCCUGGAGCCAAGUGUGCCGGUCAAAUAAAAGUCCAUGGGUCUGUCUGACGUGCUCGAGUGUCCAUUGUGGAAGAUAUGUGAAUGGCCAUGCAAAAAAGCAUUACGAAGAUGCACAGAUUCCUAUGACCAAUCACAAGAAAACAGAAAAACAAGAGAAAGUUCAGCAUACUGUGUGUAUGGAUUGCAGUAGUUACAGUACAUACUGUUAUCGCUGUGAUGAUUUUGUAGUCAAUGAUACCAAGCUGGGCCUGGUACAAAAGGUCAGAGAGCACCUACAGAACUUGGAAAAUUCAGCCUUUACAUCAGACAGACAUAGGAAAAGAAAACUAUUGGAAAACUCAUCUCUGAACAGCAAGUUAUUGAAAGUAAAUGGAAGCACCACUGCCCUCUGUGCCACAGGCCUUCGGAACCUGGGGAACACGUGUUUCAUGAAUGCAAUCCUGCAGUCACUCAGUAACAUCCAACAGUUUUGCUGUUAUUUCAAAGAGCUUCCUGCUGUGGAGCUGAGGAAUGGGAAGACAGCAGGCAGGAGAACUUACCAUACCAGGAGCCAGGGGGACAACAACGUUUCAUUGGUGGAAGAAUUCAGGAAGACACUCUGUGCUUUAUGGCAGGGAAGCCAAACUGCAUUUAGUCCUGAGUCUUUAUUUUAUGUUGUUUGGAAAAUCAUGCCAAAUUUUAGGGGAUACCAGCAACAGGACGCCCAUGAGUUCAUGCGUUACCUUUUGGACCAUCUACACCUGGAACUCCAGGGUGGCUUCAAUGGUGUUUCACGUUCAGUAAUUUUGCAAGAAAAUUCUAGUCUGUCUGCAAGCAACAAAUGUUGCAUAAAUGGAGCAUCUACAGUUGUGACAGCGAUAUUUGGAGGCAUUCUUCAAAAUGAAGUCAACUGCCUAAUAUGUGGGACUGAAUCUAGAAAGUUUGACCCAUUCCUAGACCUUUCGCUAGAUAUUCCAAGUCAGUUCAGAAAUAAACGUUCUAAAAAUCAAGAAAAUGGACCAAUGUGCACACUACGAGAUUGUCUUCGCAGUUUUACAGACCUAGAAGAACUUGAUGAGACAGAACUGUAUAUGUGUCACAAGUGCAAAAAGAAGCAGAAGUCCACCAAAAAAUUCUGGAUUCAGAAAUUACCAAAGGUGCUAUGCUUACACUUGAAAAGAUUUCACUGGACAGCAUAUCUGAGAAACAAGGUUGAUACAUACGUUGAGUUCCCCUUACGAGGCCUAGACAUGAAAUGCUACUUGUUGGAGCCUGAGAACAGCGGCCCAGAAAGCUGCCUGUAUGACCUUGCAGCUGUUGUUGUGCAUCAUGGUUCAGGCGUGGGCUCUGGGCAUUAUACCGCAUACGCCACUCACGAGGGCCGCUGGUUCCACUUCAACGACAGUACUGUAACCCUGACCGACGAGGAGACUGUGGUAAAGGCCAAGGCCUACAUCCUCUUCUACGUGGAACGCCAAGCCAAAUCCGGAUCAGACAAACUUUAAUACCUCCUUGUAAUUCUCACUUAUCAAGUCCGCCGGACAAAACAUUUCCAUUUUUCCAUAAAUACUUGAUCCAAGACU